AUGGAGCUGCUGAAGCCGAACCGGAGCGUGCCGGGAUACGGACCCGGGCCGGCGGCUUCCCUGUGCCGCCCGGGGGGCCCCCUCCUCAACGGCAGCGGCACCGGCAACCUCAGCUGUGAGCCCCCGCGCAUCCGCGGAGCCGGGACACGAGAAUUGGAGCUGGCCAUUAGGGUCACCCUCUACGCUGUGAUCUUUCUGAUGAGUGUCGGAGGAAAUGUGCUCAUCAUCGUGGUCCUGGGACUCAGCCGCCGUCUGAGGACCGUCACCAACGCCUUCCUGCUCUCACUGGCAGUCAGCGACCUCCUGCUGGCCGUGGCUUGCAUGCCCUUCACCCUCCUGCCCAAUCUCAUGGGCACAUUUAUCUUUGGCACAGUCGUCUGCAAGGCGGUUUCCUACUUCAUGGGCGUGUCUGUGAGCGUGUCCACGCUAAGCCUCGUGGCCAUCGCCCUGGAGCGGUACAGCGCCAUCUGCCGACCACUGCAGGCGCGUGUGUGGCAGACGCGCUCACACGCGGCUCGAGUGAUCGUAGCCACGUGGAUGCUGUCCGGGCUGCUUAUGGUGCCCUACCCGGUGUACACUGCCGUGCAGCCAGCGGGACCGCGUGUGCUGCAAUGCGUGCAUCGGUGGCCCAGUGCGCGAGUUCGCCAAACCUGGUCGGUACUGCUGCUCCUGCUGCUGUUUUUCGUGCCCGGGGUGGUUAUGGCGGUGGCCUACGGGCUUAUCUCCCGCGAGCUCUACUUAGGGCUUCGCUUUGACGGUGACAGUGACAGCGAGAGCCAGAGCCGGGUCGGAAGUCAAGGAGGACUGCCUGGUGGGACCGGACGAGGCCCUGCCCACCCGAACGGGCGUUGCGGAUCGGAGACCCGGCUGGCUGGUGAGGACGGCGAUGGCUGUUAUGUGCAGCUUCCGCGCUCCCGGCCUGUACUGGAGCUGUCCGCGCUGACCGGACCCACGCCUGGGCCAGGAUCCGGCACCCGGCCGGCCCAAGCCAAGCUGUUAGCUAAGAAGCGCGUGGUGCGGAUGUUACUGGUGAUCGUUGUGCUUUUUUUCCUGUGUUGGUUGCCAGUGUACAGCGCCAACACGUGGCGCGCCUUCGACGGCCCCGGUGCACAUCGCGCCCUUUCGGGUGCGCCCAUCUCCUUCAUCCACUUGCUAAGCUACGCCUCUGCCUGUGUCAACCCCCUGGUCUACUGCUUCAUGCACCGUCGCUUUCGCCAGGCCUGCCUCGACACCUGCGCCCGCUGCUGUCCUCGGCCUCCGCGAGCUCGCCCCAGACCUCUACCGGACGAGGAUCCUCCCACCCCCUCCAUCGCCUCACUCUCCAGGCUGAGCUACACCACCAUCAGCACGCUGGGACCUGGCUGA